GUACUAUUAGCCAUGGUCAGCCCCAUCGUGUUUUUUGACCUCACCAUUGACGGCAAGCCCUCGGGCCGUGUCUCCAUCAAACUGUUUGCAGACAAGAUUCCAAAGACAGCAGAAAAGUUUCAUGCUCUGAGCACUGGAGAGAAAGGAUUUUGUUAUAAGAGUUCCUGCUUUCACAGAAUUAUUCCAGGGUUUAUGUGUCAGGGUGGUGACUUCACAUGCCAUAAUGGCACUGGUGGCAAGUCCAUCUAUGGGGACAAAUUUGAUGAUGAGAACCUCAUCCUAAAGCAUACAGGUUCUGGCAUCUUGUCCAUGGCAAAUGCUGGACCCAACACAAAUGGUUCCCAGGUUUUCAUCUGCACUGCCAAGACUGAGUGGUUGGAUGGCAAGCAUGUGGCCUUUGGCAAGGUGAAAGAAAGCAUGAAUAUUGUGGAAGCCAUGGAGCACUUUGGGUACAGGAAUGGCAAGACCAGCAAGAAGAUCACCAUUGCUGACUGUGGACAGUUCUACUGA